AAGAAAGACGGUAAUUGAAUUGUUUUGUAACCGUUGAAAAAUCUCUUUGAUAAAUUAUAACAAUUUCUAGGAAAAAAUUUGGUCAUGUUGUAGGCGUUGUCGUUUUUUAAGGCUCAAAUUCAAUUACUUGUGGAACUUAACUUCUCCGUUCCAUUGAACUGAAUGAAAAUGUCAGCAAAUUAUGGAAAACAGUAUGCAAGGAUUUUAAAAAUUCGUAGUCCUCCCGGUCAUAGGGGUAAUAUAGUGAUUCCCCGAAAAGCAGAGAACAAACGCUAUAAAUAGCGGCUGUUGAAGUCUUCUUUCUCUCCCUCAAACAAAACUCAAGAGUCAGCUUCAUCAAAAGAAGUUUCCUCAUUGGUGAAAGAAGAGAUGGAGAAAGAAAAGGAGCAAACUUUGGAGUGGAUCGAAGCUCAGAAGAUAGAGAUAAGCGUUGACCUCUUUGCUGCAGCCAAGAAACACCUCCACUUCCUCGGUGCUGUUGAUCGGAACCGUUGGCUUUAUGAUGGCCCUGCACUCAAAAGAGCCAUCUACAGAUACAAUGCUUACUGGCUUCCCUUGAUUGCUAAAUACACCGAGUCAUCUUCGAUCUGUGAAGGGCCAUUAGUCCCACCUCUUGACUGUGAAUGGGUUUGGCAUUGCCACAGGCUUAAUCCGGUGAGAUACAAGUCUGAUUGUGAGCAAUUCUAUGGGAGAGUCCUUGACAAUUCUGGUGUUGUAUCUUCUGUUAGUGGAAACAGCAAAUCACAAACUGAAGCUCUCUGGAAAAGAUUGUAUCCUACGGAGCCUUAUGACCUUGAUUUUGAUAAGGCAAUCUCAGAUCAGCCAGAGGAUGUCUCACCUCUUGAGAAAUGCACCACUUAUGAUCUUGUUUCAGCUGUCAAGAGACAAUGCCCAUUUUACUACCAGGUUUCAAGAGCUCAUGUGGACAAUGAUGUCUUCCUGCAAGAAGCUGUGGCUAGAUACAAAGCAUUUCUCUACUUGAUCAAGAGAAACAGAGAAAGUUCUGUUAAGCUUUUCUGUGUUCCGACUUACGAUAUUGAUCUUAUCUGGCACACACAUCAGCUUCACGCUCUCUCUUACGGUAAGGAUUUGACAAAGAUGAUUGGUAAGGUCUUGGAGCAUGAUGAUACAGACUCUGACCGUAGCAAAGGUAAGAAGCUUGAUACUGGUUUCUCUGGAACUACUGCUCAAUGGGAAGAAACAUUUGGUCGAAGGUAUUGGAAAGCCGGUGCUAUGAAUCGAGGUAAUACACCAAAGCCAGUCAUAACUUCUCCUUAUGUUUGGUCGGGAAAGAAAUCAACUGCAAAAGAGGAAGAGUUCCAGAGUGUACUCCAAUAUCAAGAGGUGAAAGCCAUUGAGGUUAUCUUGGAGAUUGUUGGGAUUAAGAACUUACCAGACGUUCACAAAGGAAAGGUCUCUGUCAUGUUCAGCAAAACGCAGCCGGAUUCUCUGUUUAACGCUGAGCGUAGGCUUACCAUUUUAUCUGAGUCUUGUGGGGAAAAGCAAGUUGCUUUGUUCCAGUGUGAGCCUACAGGAGAGCUAAGUUUCCAACUAAUGUCUUCUUCUAAGUCUAAAAGCUUAGGUUUCACUUCUUUAUCGCUUUCAGAGUUUCUGUUUCCAGUUACUACUAAACUCUCUGUUGAGAAGUGGCUGGAGUUAACACCAACUAAAAGAGGAAAGACAGAUGAUCUGAACCCCAUCUCUCUGCGAGUCGCUGUCUCGUUCACCCCGCCAACUCGAAGUCCAACAGUUCUACAAUUGGUUCAAGCAAGACCGUCAUUGAAAGACUCUUGUUUCUUUCCAAUGAUGGGAAAGGUACGUCUUGCUAAGAGUGUUACACGCGUUAUUGAUGAAACCGAAACAGAGGUGAUCAGUCUCCAAAUGAGAAACUCCAACGACGUGGCACCAAAAGCUGAUAGAAGACAAGUGAUUGGUGUGAAAGAGUGUGGUGAAACUUAUGUUUUAGCAGAAUAUGAUGGCAGUUUCUGGUCUCUACUUGACUCAAAGUGGUCACUUAAGCAGACAAGCGAUCCCAUCAAAGAUGGUCCUAUGUUUGAGCUCUCUGGUACUCGAAUGGUGAAAUUUUACUCAGGGAGAAAGCUGGAGUAUGAGCCAAAACAUAACGCAAAGCUAAAAAGCGAGAAAGAUUUCAUGACUGCUGUUGAAUUUUCAAAGCAACAUCCUUAUGGUAAAGCUGCAGGGUUACUCGAUUUGAAGUUUGGUUCGAUAGAGGCAAAGGAGAACUGGCUGGUUUUGCCUGGAGUUGUAUCUGCUUUCAUACUCAGUGAUCUUCUUAAGAACGAAGGCUUUACUGCAUCCAAAAAUAAAGCCUUCAAAACAGAGGAAAGUACUGAGAUUGGUGUUUUGAGUCAAGUGAAGCUAGAAGAAGAAACAAUGAUGAAUAUGGACACGACUAGUCCAGUUGAGGUAGCGCCAGAGAAGAUCAAUGGUGGUGCUAGGUGCCGUUCGAAGGAGCUAAACGCUACCGGUGGCUAUGGGAAUGUGGACACGACUAGUCCAGUUGAGGUAGCGACAGAGAAGAUCAAUGGUGGUGCUAGGUGCCGUUCGAAGGAGCUAAAUGCUACCGGUGAUUGGGGGAACUUGGUUGAAGAAGAAGGUGGUCAUUUUGGCUGUGGAGGUGGUUGCGGUGGAUGCGGAGGUGGAUGUGGCGGCGGCGGUAGAUGCGGUGGCGGUAGGUGCGGUGGGAUGACGAAGAUGGGAGGUGGAUCCUGCACUGGCGGUUCCACUGGCUGCGGUAACUGCGGUGGAGGAUGUCAAGUAGGAUCAUGUGGUCAUAUGAUCAAUAAUAAUGCAAAUGAAAAUGAUGAAGCUCUAAGCGACGUCGUUGCUGCUUGAUUAUUCCGAUAUAUAUAGCUUAUCUUUACACCUAAUUAUAUUAUAUAGUCUUAAAAAUAUAAUGAAACUAAUGAGAGAUGCUGUUAUACAUGUGUUUAAUAUAAAUAAAAGAGAUGUUAAUA